GCAUGAGCUAUUCAUAGCUAAUUAGCAUUAAUUAAAAGAACAAUAGACUAAUUAAGAGCUCCUUCCCCCUUAAAGGAGUGCGUUGUGAUUGGUCGUGGGGUGUGGUGCAUUGAGACGUGUAGUGAAGAGACAAAAUAUACACCAGGGUGGUGUUGAGAUAAGGUAUCACAUUCAGCACUGAGCUACAAUUCAUUCUUUGAAAGCAUCUCUAUAGCAUAUACCACACGUAGGUCUAACUCUUUAUAUAUAACCAUGAUGGCCACUCGCUCACCGAAAAAGUCUACCACUACAACAGCCACCAUCCACAACACUGUGUUAAACACGCCUAAGAUCAGGAUGAUACCAGAGAACAACGCCACCAAUGUCUUACAUCGGGCCAGUUUUUCAAUGUCUCCGGUGGAGCAGAAGAAGCUCAAACCAGCAAUCCCUCCUGAACUCUUGGCAAUGAGGGCACAAGGUGACAGAAAAUGCGAAAGUUGGAUUACGGGAUACAAUCGCCGAAAAUGAAUCAAAAACUUUCAAGAUCCUUGCUCACUGCACAUGGACAGCUAUCUCCUUCACCACCACUCACACCAGAAGUCGCGAUUAUCGGAUAUUCUCCAUCGAGACCCCCAGUUGUCCGCCAACUGCGGAGGCAGAAUGCAGUCAUAGAAGGAGUGACUACCCCAAGGGGAACAAGCAGACCUCCAUCUCCAUCAUCCUCCUCGGGUCAGAUGGAAGUAGACGUACCUGAAAAGGUCCUAGAAGUCUCCAGAAACUUAGCAGAAAGCGAGGAGAUGGAGGUGGCUGCGGAGGAAGAGGAGGAGGAAGAGAAAGACGACAGACUAGACACAGAUGUCAGAUUGCAGGAGACGGUGACGAUGGAGGCGAAAGACGGCAUACAUUUUCCUGUAGCACCUGUGCUACACUGUAAUAGCCGUCAAGGCAGUUUCGGGUCUUAUAAACGAGGCGGUGCAUCAGUCGUGCACAGGAUGCAGACUCAACUAUCCUAGCCAGAAAGACCAUGAGGACUGUAUGUGGUUAGAGUGGCCAGACAAGACAGACAAGUAUUUCGAUGAGGCCAUCACUAAGCUCACCGAGGAACGAUACUUUUGCAUCGUUAAAUUGCUUUACUUCGUGAUCGU